AUCAACUAUUCUUCAGUCAAGUUCUUAAACCUUUCUAAAUCUAUUCAGAGCUCAUUAAGCACCAUGAAAAGCAACGUAUACAAGUUAUAUGAAACAGAACCAACGACAAAGUUAUCAUAUUAUCAUAAUGGUACAACAGAGUAUUCGGUUACUGCUACUCAAGAGGCUAAUGAUAAACCCUUUAAAUGUACUAUACCCGGAUGUGUCAAGUCUUAUAAAAACCCGAACGGUCUAAAAUACCAUACCGAACAUGGUCAUCGGUCGGCUUUGUCAGAUACGGAAGUUGAAAAGAAACCGGCUAUCAAACCAUAUAGGUGUAAUUUUCCAGAAUGUGAGAAACGAUAUAAGAAUCCGAAUGGAUUAAAAUAUCAUGUUGAACAUGCUCAUCAUUCCAUAAUUCGUCGUGGGUGA